GCAGCGAAACAGAAACAGUCACUCAUUCAGCUCUCGGGACGACAGCCGCUCCGUGCACCGCCGUCAUGGCUGCAAAAACAUCUGCGCCAUUUGUGGCUUUGCUCGCACAUUUCUGCGCCUUUGCACUAAGUCAAGAAAUAAAGAGUGUGGCAGUGAAGUCAGGAGGGGACGUCACUCUUCCCUGUAUGACUCAAGAAGACGGGGACAUCAUGAUAAUACGGUGGAACAUACCUGAAGUGAACUCAGAUGAAUUUGUCUUCCUGUACCACAGUCAGACAAUACAGAAACUCUACAUGGAUUCAAAGUAUCACAAUCGAGUGGAGCUCAAAGAUCCAGAGAUGAAGAACGGAGACGCUUCGAUCGUUCUGAAGAACGCCAGCGUUACCGACACCGGAACAUACGAGUGUCAGGUUUCAGUAAACAGAAUAGGACGCAACAGGAGGAAUGAACCCAAACUCACCGGCAUCGUUAAACUGCAAGUCACAGACUCGGGUGAGUUAGUGGAGUCACACACUCGGGUGAGUUAGUGGAGUCACACACUCGGGCGAGUUAGUGGAGUCA